AUGGCUUCCUCGGCCCCAGACGCCAUACUGAUUCUCGUACAUGGCGGAGCCCUAUCUGGGCGCAUGUACAAGGACAUGGCUCCUCUGCUCUCAGCACGGGGCUACGAAGUGAUCUGCCCCGACCUGCCUGGUCACGGUGAGCGCGCAGCACAAACUGGGCCCUUCACGUUUCUGAAAUCGACUGCCCUGCUUAAGACCAUCGCUGAGGAGAUCAAGCACAAAAGCGCAUCUGAGAAGACCGAACGGCCGGUUGUGCUUGUUGGGGUGUCCCUGGGUGGACAGGCUGUGUUGCACUUCCUCACCACGUAUCCCAAUCUCGUCGACGCCGCGGUGGUCUCUGGUGUCUCUCUCCACCCGCCCAGCGAUGACGCAUCAUGGGAGAUGCCACACAUGCCCAGCCCCGACGAUAUGGGAUGGAUGGAGAUCAUCAUGGGAGAUGUCGAGAGGAUGGGCAUGGAGGCCGCCUCGGCUGUGCAGGCUGAGAGCUUCGGGUUUUCGCUGCAGCUGGACGAGUCGCGUGGCAAGAUCCCGCCCGUGUUGGUGGUUGUUGGGGAACACGACGUUGCGAUGGCUCGCAGGGACUUCGCAGAGUUAUUCCGGGCUCUGGUUGCGAGAAACGCCUCGUGUGAGAAGGUCAUCUUGGAAAAUGCGUGGCACAAUCAUCCCAUCGACGUGCCGGGGAUGUUUUCGGAUAUUGCCCACAAUUGGCUCACCAAGUUCAUGUGA